CCGUGGCCCGCACCCUCCAUUCCACGAGUUCCUUAAUGGAUUCUGGGUCAGAAGGAAGCUUACACACCUGGGCUGUUUUCUGAACCUUCCCUACCACCUUGGAUGCUCACCUGUUUGAAUAUGGCUAGUCCUCCUUGACGAGGAACCCCACCUCCUAAGGCAGAACACCAGAAAUAGAGAUGGAGACCAGGGCGGGGGAAAGGGUGAGAGACACAGAAACAGACAAAGACCAUCCAGAUACCUUAGAAAUUGGGGUUGAGGGCUUUAGCUUUCCCCCCAAAGUUGCUGAUUUUCUCCUUUAUCAUUGGCAGGGGGCUCUAGUCCUUGGAGUCCCAGCCCUUGUGUCUGCGGGGGGUGGAGGAAGGAGAGAGAAGAGGGAAGAGGGAAGGAGGGUGGGGCCGGGGGCGGCGCUAGGGCAGGCACUCUUGAAGUUUCUCCGUUCUCUGUCACUUCUCCAGACACAUCCAAGGCAAGAGUGGCUGCUGAGCUGCCCGGCCCAGGACUGAGGAGCCUCACGCUACACCUGGGUCCUGACUGCAUGAAGCCUGCUGGGGUGCAGGACUGCAGGGAUCAUGGAGCCCUUCAGCUCAAGGAACCUCGCCCUGCAGGCGGAGAAGAAAGUCCUGAGCAAGCUGGCCGGGCGGUCAGUGGUGCACCUCUUCAUCGACGAGACCAGCAGCGAAGUGCUGGAUGAACUUUACAAGGUGUCCAAGGAAUACACCCACAGUCGGGCCGAGGCCCAGAGGGUCAUCAAGGACCUGGUUAAGGUGGCCAUCAAGGUGGCGGUGCUGCACCGCAACCAGCAGUUUAGCCCCGGCGAGAUGGCCCUGGCGGCCCGCUUCCGCCAGAAGCUGCGCCAGGGCGCCAUGACAGCCCUGAGCUUCGGCGAAGUGGACUUCACCUUCGAGGCGGCCGUGCUGACUGCGCUGCUGACGGAGUGCCGCGACACCCUCCUGGAGCUGGUGGAGCACCACCUCACGCCCAAGUCUCACGGCCGCAUCCGCCGGGUUUUUGAUCACUUCUCGGACCCCAGCUUGCUCACCGCCCUCUACAGUCCCAGCUACGCCCAGCAUCUCAGCAAGAUCUGUGAUGGCCUCAGAAAGCUGCUGGACGAGGGAAAGCUUUGAGGACCGCUUCCCCAGCUCCACUGGCCCCAUCGAGGCAGCGGACUCAAAGAGACACCCGGCCCGGCUCUCCAGGUCCUGGCUUGGGUCUCCUUGGAGUGUGAUGGGCUCUGGGGACCAGCAGGGGUUCAUAAGCCCUUCCCUCCCCUGGGCCUCUGGCCACCAGGACAGGAAACCAAGCUGCCUGAAAAAAUUGAAGUGAAAGUCGGAUCUUCUACUUCCCCCUAAACGAGACACAUGAUGUGGGGAAACCCCUUCCAGGAGGAAGGAGAUCAGUACCCCAAGCUGCUGAUGGGGGAAGCGUCAAACUCAAGGCCAGGCCAGAGACAGAUGAGAUGGAGGCCAGAAGCCUCGCUCCCAGAGAGGGUCAGGACAGGGAAGAUAGAAGGGAAAUAAAUCUGCUAAAACGUGUACAGGGCUCCAUGUUUAAUCUCUGCAGUUUCUAACAACUUACUAUCAACACAGGGAGAGGGGAAUGGGAAAACACAUUCACUUUUCUCCACAUCCAACGUUAAAUAACAAAAUAAAGCAGACUCUUAGCCCCAAA